CACCCCAAGUGGUCACAUUUUGUGAACGUUCGCACACGGCGCCUCGAACGGAGUUUGCACGCCACCCUGUGUCCGGAGUUUUACACCCGACGCCGCCUGUACACCAUGACAAUGGGCUCCGUAACGACCACCUCGGUGACGGAGAGGAAAAGGCACCUGGAGAACAAUGAUGUCCAAGAUCACCAGCAGCUGCCGGACAACAGCAGCGACCCCGAGAGCGAAGCGGUCUCCGAGGUUCCUUACAAGACGGAAAUCGUCUGGCGCAACGUGUUGCUCUUCAUUGGGCUUCACAUCGGAGCCGCCUGUGGCCUCUACUGCGCUAUAUUCACGGCCAAGUGGCAGACGAACCUUUUGGCUUUCAUCGGUCUGGGCAUUUCGGGUGUUGGCUCUUCAGUGGCUGCUCACAGACUUUGGUGCCAUCGCACGUUCAAAGCGAAGUUGCCUCUCAGGAUAAUACUGAUGAUGGCCAACUGCUUCGCUCUACAGAACGACGUUUACGAGUGGACGCGGGACCACCGGGUGCAUCAUAAGUUCUCGGACACGGAUGCCGACCCGCACAACAUUAACCGCGGCUUCUUCUUCGCGCACAUGGGUUGGCUCAUGUGCAAGAAGCAUCCAGAGGUGUUCCGCAAAGGCGCCACUGUCGACUGUUCUGACGUGCUGGAAGAUCCCGUCAUUCGCUUCCAGAGGAGGUUUUAUGUACCUCUGGUGACACUGUUCUGCUUCGUGUUGCCAACGAUCGUGCCGAUGUGGCUGGUGGGCGAGACGUUCUGGAACGCCCACCUGGUGAACGGCCUACUGCGCUACACCAUCAGCCUGCACAUGACGUGGUUGGUGAACAGCGCGGCACACACCUGGGGCUACAAGCCAUACGACAAGAACAUCGCGCCGACCGAGAACCCGGCCAUGUCUAUCGGAAUGUUCGGCGAGGGCUUCCACAACUUCCACCACGCUUUUCCGCAGGACUACAAGAGCAGCGAGUUCGGCAUACUGUUCAACCCUGCCACUAUCUUCAUCGACUUAAUGGCGCUUAUUGGACAGGCAUAUGAUCUGAAGACCACACCUCAGCACGUCAUUGAGAAACGAAUCGAGAGGACUGGCGAUAAGAAGCAGCACUGCUUGAAGAUAUUUGGGUCCUCCUCUUGAAAGAGAGGGGAAAAGCUAGAGAAGGGGGGUGGGGGGGAGCAGGAAAAGUCGUUACUACGCCUGAAUCUCGGCAGCAGCUCAGUGCGUUCUUGCUCGCUUUUUUUUUUUUGCAAUCUUGCCUCACAAUUCUUUUUCAUUGUUUUUGCUUCUAAUAUUUAAGGCUUUCUCGCUAGCCUUCUUCACCUACUUUUACAGUUUCUGCAGUCUCCUUCUUUCAUGACAACAUCUUUCAUUGAUACUCGCUUGCUUUCACUAAUGGCAAACACCUGCCACCUGCCCGAGCAAAAGGGGCAGUAAUGACCACUGGAGAACAAUUCACGAGCAUGAUAGCAAAACAUAUCUAUAAGACCAUUAGUUGUACUUGUAUAAGUUCAGCAAUGUUUGUAUGUAUGAAGCAACUUUGUAUGGGUAUUUAUCCCUA